AAGUCCUUGAUUAGGAGAGUGUGAGAGCUUUGGUCCCAACUGGCUGUGCCUAUAGGCUUGUCACUAGGAGAACAUUUGUGUUAAUUGCCCUGUGCUCUGUCAAGGAAACUUUGAUUUAUAGCUGGGGUACACAAAUAAUGGUUGCCGGUCGCACAUGGAUUCGGUAGAACUUUGCCUUCCUGAAUCUUUUUCCCUGCACUACGAGGAAGAUCUUAAAUGAGACCUGCCUCAUCAGUCAUGGGAUCAUAGUGUCACAGAUGGAAAAGCAACCAUCAGCUGAAUUGUACUGAGCUACACACUUGGCUAAUUCAUCUUACGGCUCUGCACAUCUCAGGAAAGCGCAUUCUGUUCUUGGAGUCUAGACAGAAUCAGGAGCUGGGCUCAGUGAACAAAACUUUAAUGUCUAGAGCAUUGGUGAGGGUUUUAAUGAUUGGAAAAUCUAUCCUGAGAAUGUGGUCACCAUGUGUGACAGCCUUGCUUUCUAUCUUGUCUUCAGUUUCUGGGGCUUCUCUGCAGAAUGUCAAACAAAGAUCGACACAUUGAUUCUAGCUGUUCGUCCUUCAUCAAGACGGAACCCUCCAGCCCGGCCUCCCUGACGGACAGCGUCAACCACCACAGCCCAGGCGGCUCCUCGGACGCCAGCGGGAGCUACAGUUCCACCAUGAAUGGCCAUCAGAACGGACUUGACUCGCCACCUCUCUACCCUUCUGCUCCUAUCCUUGGAGGGAGUGGGCCUGUCAGGAAACUGUAUGACGACUGCUCCAGCACCCUGGUGGAAGACCCCCAGACCAAGUGUGAAUACAUGCUCAACUCCAUGCCCAAGAGACUGUGUUUAGUGUGUGGGGACAUCGCUUCUGGGUACCACUAUGGGGUCGCGUCCUGUGAGGCCUGCAAGGCCUUUUUCAAGAGGACCAUUCAAGGUAAUAUAGAAUACAGCUGCCCAGCCACGAACGAAUGUGAAAUCACAAAGCGCAGACGUAAAUCCUGCCAGGCUUGCCGCUUCAUGAAGUGCUUAAAAGUAGGCAUGCUGAAAGAAGGGGUGCGUCUGGACAGAGUACGUGGUGGUCGGCAGAAGUACAAGCGCAGAAUAGAUGCGGAGAACAGCCCAUACCUGAAUCCUCAGCUGGUUCAGCCCGCCAAAAAGCCAUAUAACAAGAUUGUCUCACAUUUGUUGGUGGCUGAACCGGAGAAGAUCUAUGCCAUGCCUGACCCCACCGUCCCCGACAGUGACAUCAAAGCCCUCACAACUCUGUGCGACUUGGCCGACCGAGAAUUGGUGGUUAUCAUCGGAUGGGCGAAGCAUAUUCCAGGCUUCUCCACGCUGUCCCUGGCCGACCAGAUGAGCCUCCUGCAAAGUGCUUGGAUGGAAAUUUUGAUCCUCGGUGUCGUAUACCGAUCUCUUUCAUUUGAGGAUGAACUUGUCUAUGCAGAUGAUUAUAUAAUGGAUGAAGACCAGUCCAAAUUAGCAGGUCUUCUUGACCUAAAUAAUGCUAUCCUGCAGCUGGUAAAGAAAUACAAGAGCAUGAAGCUGGAGAAAGAAGAAUUUGUCACCCUCAAAGCAAUAGCUCUUGCUAAUUCAGACUCCAUGCACAUAGAAGAUGUGGAAGCAGUCCAGAAGCUUCAGGAUGUCUUACACGAGGCCCUGCAGGAUUACGAGGCUGGCCAGCACAUGGAAGACCCUCGCAGGGCUGGCAAGAUGCUGAUGACGCUGCCCCUUCUGAGGCAGACCUCCACCAAGGCAGUGCAACACUUCUACAACAUCAAACUAGAAGGCAAAGUACCCAUGCACAAACUUUUUUUGGAAAUGCUGGAGGCCAAGGUCUGACUAAGAGCUUCCUGGGCCCUCCUCUCCUGCACGCAGAAAAAAGGGAAAAUAAACCCUGGAGUGAUGUCGAAGAAACUUAGAGUUUAGUCAACAACAUCAAAAUUUCACAAAGACUGCACUGAAAAUUUAGCAGCAAGACUAUGAAGCAGCUUUUAGAUUCCUCUGUAUCUUCCUGCUGAAUUUCUAUCUUACCUCAUUUGCUUUUCUCCCAUUCUUCUCUCAUUUUUCUUCCUCUGUUUCUCUCUCCUUUAUUCCUCGUCUCCCUCAUGUGUUAGCUUCCUUCAUUACCGGUUCCUUCUCUUCCCAUUUCCUUCCUUCUCCUUCCCCCCCUCCUUCUUUCCUCUCCCUCU